AGUUGCAAAUAAAUCACCAAGUAGUAAACACGUCCCUCUGUUAACAAAUCCCUAUAAAAUCAAAAGUGAACCUUAAUACCAAGAACAUAUUGGUCGAAAUCGAGCCGGAUUUCAAUUCGACUUACGACGUUCCUGCACCGCGCGAUAAUACAAAAGGACGGGUCGAGCGACGAGCUUAGAACAAAAGAAGACGUUUGCGUAAACAAGUUUUUAUGCACGUUUAAUGCACCAUAUGGCAUCGAGUUGUAGAUUGGAAAGAAAUAAGUUAUUAUAAGACGGAAAUAAGAAGCAUUCGAGAUUAUAGACGAUUUUAAGAUAAUUUAACAACUUAUACCGAAAAUGGCUAGUACACCGGAACAAAUACUAAAUGUGUUAGAAGAUAUAGCUAUAUUGUUAGGAAAAACUCAAGUAAAUUUAAAGAAAUGUCCGAAACAACGCCUAACAAGGGGUUACAUAGAAACACGUAUAAAAAGCGUUGAAGAAUACUGGUCUACGUAUAAAAGGGCACAUGAAGAACUAGUGAAGUGUGUUCCAAAACCGAAACGACAAGAUAUUCCGUAUUUCGUUAAUGAAGAAUAUUUUAUUCAGGAAGAUUUAUAUAUUUGUAUACUAGCCGAUCUUAAUGAUUUAUUAUUUUCGCUUAACAAGUUAUCGUCUUCAGCACCUAUACAAGUCGAUAAUAAUAAUUCGGGUUCUUCUAAUGAAGUGCAUGUCAAGUUACCAAGGAUUCAACUUCCAACUUUCUCGGGAAUCUACGAUGAGUGGCCUGCUUAUCAAGAUUUGUUUACAUCAUUAGUGCAUAGUUACACAUCAUUAAGUAACGUACAAAGGUUGCAUUAUUUGAAAGGCAGUCUUACGGGAGAAGCCAUGUCACUUUUGAAACACGUUCAAGUCAUCGAUGCUAAUUAUGAAGAGUCGUGGAAUAUGCUUAAAGAGCGUUUUGGCAACAAGCGGAUUAUCAUUAAUUCAAUAUUAAAAAGAUUAUUUACGCAAAGAAAAAUUAGUGUACAAACGGCAAGUAACCUCAAAUCUAUUUUGGAUACUACAACUGAAUGCCUGAAUGCGUUAAAAAACCUUGGUCUGUCAACGAGCUCCUGGGACCCCCUCAUUAUAUUUUUAGUUGUACAAAAAUUGGACCCAGAGACUCACCGUGAUUGGGAGGAAGAUGCUUAUAAGGAUAAUGCUGAAAACUUACCUACAUGGGACGCGCUCAAUAAGUUUUUACAAUUAAAAUUCCGCACUCUUGAGCUUGGCACGCCACCAACUAGGGAAAGACCAACAAAUAGAGGAAAGGAGUAUGCUGUUCACCUAUCCACGAGUACUAAUGAUACUGCGACUUCUACGAAACUAAGAGUUUGCCCUAUGUGCAACGAAAAUCACACAUUGUGUCACUGUGAGGAAUUCAUCAAGCUAAGCCCAACAGAGAGAUGUGAUUACAUAAAGAAACACAAUCUGUGCUUUAAUUGUCUGGCCCCUGGUCACGCUGCGCGACGAUGUCGCCUGAAGAUGUCCUGUAGAACAUGUCAUAAACGUCAUCACACGCUCACGCACCAUUUCACGCCUAUGACGUCAUCAAGACAGCUAGACAGUUAUAACAAUCAAGACAAACAAAACGACGUUGAAGAUCAACGAGCUUCUGCACAAUCAGCCGAAUCCAAUGUCACACUUUCAUCACAUGUCGCCUCUAAGGUGUCCACUGCAUUGCUGGCUACGGCACUCAUACCAGUAAAAGGAUACGAAUCGAAACAAGUGACAGUGUUGCGCGCGUUAAUUGACCAUGGCUCACAGGCUACGUUCAUGAGUGAAAGAGCAGCCCAGAUGUUACGAUUAAGGAGAACGCCUGUCAAUGGCACUAUCACUGGCGUUGGCUCUACUAAAACAAACGUUAAAUAUGCUGCAGAAAUCGAACUUCUAUCAAGACACGACCCAAACUUCAACAUAAGGAUCAAAACAUAUAUAAUGUCAACGCAACUGACAACCCAACUGCCGACUCAAACUAUCUCCACCAGCACCUGGCCGCACCUACAAGGACUUGUAUUGGCUGACCCAAGCUAUAAUCAACCAGGACGAGUAGACCUAUUACUAGGGGUCGAUGUGUGUGCUCAAAUAAUGAAAAGCGAAGUUAUCAAGGGACCCCCAGGAACACCUUGUGCUCAAAAUACGACCCUGGGUUGGAUUCUUUUUGGGAGCGUGGAGGACAAACCAGCCGAUAAAUUGAUUGUUAUGCACCAUAAACUUGACCUAAACGAUAUGCUCAAACGAAUGUGGGAACAAGAUGCAUACGACAAAGUAGUACCUACAGCACAUGAUCGAAGGUGCGAGGAAAUCUACGAAAAUACAACCACAAGAAAUAAUGACGGACGUUAUAUUGUGACUCUACCCAAAAAAACUAAAAUGCUAUUAUCAACCCAAGGAAACACGCGAACAAUAGCUCUGCAGGGACUCUAUCAAUUAGAACAAAGAUUCAAGAAAAAUCCAAAACUAAAAAACGAUUAUGCUACGGUUAUGAAAGAUUACGAAACAAAUUACAUGGAAGAGGUACCCGGACACGAGAUGACUAACCCAUCGGUAUACCUACCACAUCAUGCUGUUGUUAAGGAAGAAAAGGAAACUACAAAAAUAAGAACAGUUUUUAACGCAUCACAAAGAGGAAACAACAACAUCUCACUUAACGACGAGCUGUUGGUGGGACCGCAGCUACAAGGAGACAUGAGAAGUCUCAUAAUGAGAUGGCGGAUGAAAAGAAUCUGCUUUGUAGCGGAUAUACAAAAAAUGUAUCUCCAAAUCAUGGUUACGAGAGAAGACCAAGACCUGCAACGAGUACUCUGGAGAUAUGAUGAUCAAGAUCCUGUCAAAGACUACCGACUUACCAGGGUCACGUUCGGAACUGCUUCUGCUCCUUACUUGGCAGUAAGGACCUUGCACCAAGUAGCUCAUGACGAAGGCCAAAAUCAUCCUGAAGCAGCAGAAAUAAUAAAGAGGGAUUACUUCAUGGAUGAUAUGAUGUCUGGGAAAGACAACCUCACCGAUGCUGUCAGAAUAGCCAAAGACAUAGACGCCAUACUGCAAAAGGGAGGCUUCAAAUUAAAAAAAUGGUGUUCUAAUGACGCAGGCUUCCUAAAGGAAUUUGAAGAGUCUGAAAGAAGUUCUCAUGUAAAACUAGACAUAACAUUAGACGGGAUUACACGAGCAUUGGGACUACACUGGAAUAUUGGCAAAGAUCUAUUUCAAUACAGCUUAAACCUAUCUGCAACGGCAAAUAUAAUUACAAAGAGAACAAUCCUGGGUGACCUACAGAGAUUAUUUGAUCCACUGGGCUGGUUGGCACCAUCUGUCUUACCCGUCAAACUUCUGAUUCAAAGAUUAUGGCUGCAAGGAGUAGCAUGGGAUGAGGAGGUGGACGAAACGAUUGCUGCAGAAUGGAACAAUAUACGAGAUUCCUUUCAUAUGUACCUACCAGAUAUCGAAGUAAACAGAUGGCUAAAUACUACUGAAGCCACAAUAAAUAAUGUUACUAUCCACGGAUUCUGUGAUGCAUCAUCUCGAGCUUACGCUGCAGUGGCUUACCUAAGAGUAAGAACAGAAAGAGGUGAAGUGAAGACAACAAUCAUCGCUGCUAAAACCAAGGUUGCACCUACAAAACCACAAUCCCUACCUCGUCUAGAACUAAGUGGCGCUGUACUGCUUGCUGGUCUUUUAAACGAGAUAAAGGAAUCAAUGAACGUACCUGCCUGCCAGAUAUUUGCUUGGACUGACUCAACCAUUGUACUCUCCUGGUUGUUUGGUGAUCCUGCAAGAUGGAGCACUUACGUAAGAAACAGAGUUAUUGAAAUACUUGACACCAUCGGCAAUCAUAAUUGGUACCAUGUCAAAUCACCAGAAAACACAGCUGACUCUGCUUCACGAGGGCAAUCCUUGCAAGAGCUAAAAAAUGAUGAACGGUGGUGGAAAGGCCCAGAGUGGCUGCGAGUAGGGGAAAUACAAUACAGCAGACCCAAUACUAUCUGGACAGACCUGGAAAGAAAGAAAUCGAUACAUGUAAAUUUGAAAUUAGACAAAGAGAAGAGUAUUAGUACAAAAUUUGAGGAUUGUGACAAGUUGCAAGAAUUGCUUAAGAUGAUUAUAUACUCUAAAAGAUUCUUAAAGGGAAAGAAAAUGGAAUACAAAGACUUACCUGUGACCACGACGGAACUUAAUGAUGCGCUAAAAACCUGCAUAAAAAUAACUCAGAAGGACAGCUUCGAAGAGGAAAUACAGCACCUGAAAUCAAGGGAACAAAUUAGAAGAGCCAGUAAACUAAAGAGUUUAAAGCCUUACCUGGACGAUGAUAACAUCCUCAGGGUGGGCGGCCGACUGCGUCACUCGGACCUAAAUGAAGACUGCAAAAAUCCAAUUAUUCUGGAUCACGACACUCAUCUUACCUCUCUUCUCGUUGCUGACGCACACUCUAAGACGCUACACGGUGGAGUUCAAGUAAUGCUCUGCUUUCUGCGAACAAGAUUCUGGAUCCUAAGAGCUAGAAUAUUAGUAAAGGCAAAGAUAAGAAAAUGCCUUAUUUGUGCAAAACUUAACGCUACAGCAAGAUCACAACUAAUGGGGGACUUACCGCGAGUUCGAAUCACACCAGCUAAACCCUUCUUAAACACCUGCAUGGAUUUUGCCGGCCCGUUCCAUAUCUUGAUAUCUAGAGGAAGAGGAGCAAGGACAAACAAAGCAUACAUUGCUCUCUUUGUCUGUAUGUCGACGAAAGCGAUUCACUUAGAAUUAGUGGGAGAUCUUACCUCAGAUGCCUUCAUCGGAGCCUUCAGAAGAUUCGUAGCUAGACGUGGAAGAUGCGCUCACAUCUGGAGUGACCAAGGACGUAACUUUGUUGGGGCAAACAGGAUACUCGCAGCAGAAUGGGCUGAAGCCAGGCUUCAACUUGAGGGUCCGAUUGCGGAGACGCUAGCAAUGGAUGGGACUGAAUGGCAUUUUAUUCCCGCCUAUAGCCCACACAUGGGUGGACUGUGGGAGGCGGGAAUCAAAUCGAUGAAAAACCAUUUAAAACGGAUAAUGACCUCUCACGUAACUUACGAAGAAAUGAGCACCUUGUUAUGCCAGAUUGAAGCUUGCCUCAACUCACGACCGCUUACCGUAUUAAGGGACACAGACACAGACAACAUCCAACCAUUAACGCCUGGCCAUUUCCUUGUCGGUGAGACGCCUAUUACGGUUCCGACACCAGACUUCCAAAACAUCCCAACAAGUCACUUAUCAAGAUGGCAAUACCAACAAAGAUUGUUGACGGACUUCUGGCGUCGAUGGCAACAAGAAUACCUGUUGAGAAUGCAACAGUGUCCAAAAUGGCAGAGGAAGGUCAAGGAAUUUGACAUAGGUCAAAUUGUCCUCGUAAAAUCAGAUAGUUUGCCCCCAGGUAAAUGGAUGAUGGGACGUAUUGUAAAAAAACAUCCGGGUGCUGACGGUGUCACUCGUGUGUACAGUGUAAAGAGUGGUGCUAGUGUCGUGCAAAGAUCUGUAAAUAAGCUGUGUUAUUUACCAAUAGACAUUGAAUAAUGAUUUAUUUUAUUAUAACUAAGGCAAAUUGUGUAUAUCCAUAUUCUAUAUUAUGUAUUGUUUAACUAAUUUUGUACUGAUGUUUGAAUCUAUUGUAACCAAACGAUUAUACUGUUUGAUAAUUAAUUUAUUAAAGGGCUCAUAGGCCCUUUGGUGGGCGGUAUGUUCGGAUAGAAUGAUCUAUAUAAGAGCGAGCGUAAGUGUCAAUGCGUAUGCAUGUGUGAGUCCGUGUAAUAUUUAAAAUCAUAAUUUGUUGAAUCAGUUGCAAAUAAAUCACCAAGUAGU